UUUUUGCUAAAUGUUAACUAUAGUACAAUUUAAUAAAAUUCAAUAGCUUUAUUAUAUUUUUGUAGAAUUAUGACUUCUUGUCAAAUUGUAUUCGAUAAAAACGAUCAUGGAACUUUUUUCACUGGUCAAAUAGUAAGCGGUAAAGUUAUCAUUGAAUUAAAUAGAAAGAAAAAAUUACGAGCCAUUGAACUGAAAAUCUGUGGAUUUUCUGCAGCAAAAUGGAGAGAUCGACGAUCAGGUGCGAAAAAAGAGCAUCACCACAAGAAGCGUAGGUUUACUGGACGAGAAGACUAUAUAGCUUCCAACACAUUUCUUAUUGGUUCUUAUAAUGGGCAGGAUGUCAUAGUCGAUGAAGGAUCACAUAUUUUUACAUUUCAAUGUCUUAUUCCUGAAAAUUGUCCAUCAUCAUUUGAAGGAAAAUACGGUCAUAUUCGUUACAUUGCCAAAGUUAUUAUGAAUAAUUCAUUCUCGAAAAACAACACGUACACUGUUGGAUUUACAGUUCUGAAACUUGUUGAUUUAAAUUGGGACUCAAAUUUGUUAAAGAUGCCAGCAAAUAUUGAAACUAUUGAAGGUUUUUGCCUGAGUACAACCAAGCCGGUUAUGUUAAGUGUUGAUAUCUCUCAAACCGGGUAUGUUCCAGGUCAAAUGAUCUUGGUUAAUGGAGAAGUGAACAAUCAAUCAAAUUGUGAUGCCAAAAAGAUUAAUGUAUUUUUUAACUUAAUUGCAACUUAUACAUCAGACUGUCCUCGCACAAAUACAAAAGUUGAGAAAAUUUGCUUAGUUAAAAAAGAAUCAAGUCCUGUAGCUCGGAAAUCACGUCGAAAUUUUACUGAAAUCAUUCGAGUUCCAGCUACAGCACCUUCGUGUGAGCAUCUUAGUAGAGUUGUUCGUAUUUCAUAUGAAAUCACAGUGGUUGCAGUUAUGAAUGGCUUGAUAAGAAAUGCUAAGGCGGUUAUUCCAAUUACAAUAGGCAAUGUUCCACUUCAUACUGGAUCAAUACCUGCUCCUCGAUCUGCUGAUGUACCAUCAACUUCAGCAAGUGCUAUGGCUCUGAGUGGUGGAUGUCAGGAAAAUACUGUUUCAGAACCUUUUGAACCUGAUUUGCCGCCUCCAUCAUACGAGGAAGCAAUGUUUAUGACAGCCGAUAUUGGAGAUGAUGAGGUGCAAUCAUCAAACACAAGUCAUGAAGUUGUUCGAUUUACUCCCCGGUUUCCUGUUUUCGAUGUCGAUGGGGUUUUAAUACCAGAUUCAAUUGCUACUCCGCAAGAACGUCUGCCUCCAAUCACAGAAAAAAGUCAAGAAGAUGAUGUUAAAUAUUUGAUUUGAUUUGUAUCAUUAAAUACAACCAGGGCCUGUUUCUCACCAGAUUAAUGCUUCAUCAACGAUUUCAAAUAUCAAUUGGCACGUCCCUUUGGGCUUUAGACUUCUUUGAAAUUCUUAAAUGUAUCGUCCAUAAAUACUUACUACUUUUUAAAGCAAAAUAUGCCGAAUCUAUUGAAUGCUGAAAUCAAUGUUGCUGUUUUUGAAGUUUGAUGAGAAUGAGGCCUAGGUGGAUCAAACUUAUUGUGAGGAGAAUAUAUUACAAGAAUUACAAAGAAAUUAAGGAAGAAUUAAUUAAAAUUGCCUAUGAUCUUAUU